AUGCCAACCAUCGAGAAGUUACUGUCCCGCGACUGGAAGGAGGUUCUUCCAGGGACCCAGGAGAGCCUGGCGGAGAAGGAGCUCCAGUUACUUGUCAUGAUCAACCAACUGUCCACGCUGCGGGACCAGCUCCUGACAGCCCACUCGGAGCAGAAGAACAUGGCCGCGAUGCUCUUCGAGAAGCAGCAGCAGCAGAUGGAGCUGGCGCGGCAGCAGCAAGAGCAGGUGGGCUCGGGUCCCCGUGGUGUCCCGCAGCGGUUACCUGGUCUCUCUGCCCUCUCCCCCUUUUCCCUCCAGCAGGUCAACAUGCCCUACGUCAUGAUUCCUGCCUUCACCCCCAGCCACCAGCCUCUCCCCGUCGCUCCCGACUCCCAGUUAGCGCUGCCCAUCCAGCCCAUCCCCUGCAAACCAGUGGAUUACCCGGUGCAGCUGCUGGAACGGCCCCCUUCCCCCCCGCUGACGAGGGCUGCACUUCCCCCUCGCCCCCCUCCGUCGCAGGAGACCGCGCAGCCGCUGAACCUGACGGCCAAACCCAAAGGUUCUGACCUCCCCAGUGCCUCCAGCUCGCCCAGUUUGAAGAUGAGCGGCUGCCAGUCCCUCACGCCAAGUCACGGGGCCACCAGGGACCUGCAGACCAGCCCGUCCAACUUGCCUCUGGGGUUCCUGGGCGAAGGCGACGCCAUCACCAAAGCCAUCCAGGACGCGCGGCAGCUGCUGCAUGGCCACAGCGGAGCCAUGGAGGGAUCGCUGAGCAACCCCUACCGCAAGGACCAUGUCGGGAUCGAUUCUUCCCCAGUGAAGGAGCGGAUGGAGGAGACCCCUGCCCACCGGCUGGAUGAGGCUUUGUUGACCUGUGAGAUGGACGGCUCACGGCACUUCCCCGAGUCCAGGAACAACAACCACAUCAAGAGGCCCAUGAACGCCUUCAUGGUGUGGGCGAAGGACGAGAGGAGGAAGAUUUUGCAGGCCUUCCCGGACAUGCACAACUCCAGCAUCAGCAAGAUCCUGGGCUCCCGGUGGAAGUCCAUGACGAACCAGGAGAAGCAGCCCUACUACGAGGAGCAA